UGAUCUGCUCCAUGCUGCUAGCAAACCAAACCAAGGUGUUACACUGAGCCGCCGGUGUAGGGAACAAAAUGUCCCUACGUUCCAGAAAGUGGAAUAGGUUUUAAAAGAAGCUGCUUUCUAUUCAAAUUCUCGCUGCAGUUUUGCAUGGACACAAAGAAAACCAUACUUCCGUAUUAUCUUUUUUGCAUAGAAAACACAUCCACUUUUCAGUGAUUUCAAUGUACUGUACCACACAUUUUUGUGAUAAGACUGAACUGCAACUUUUGUUUGCAGCAGAGUUUUUAGGAAGCACAAGUUGAGUGCUUCAAACAUGCAGAAAUAUCCAUAUCUUAAUGAACCUACACUGUAACGUCAUAACAUGAUUAAACAUUUGUCCUCCUGGGAGGCUGCAGCCCAACAAACCCACCCCCUCUCGUCCGCCUGCGCCGCUCCUCAAGUUUUUCUGCAGCAUAGGUUUCUCCGAGGAUCUUGAACGCACCCCGUGUAUUUUCGUCGGGGUGUUUUUUUUAGCCCAGGAAACGAUGGAGCCCAGUCUGAUGGAAGCUGUGUGGAAAGAGAGAGUUUUUUAUCAAUGAGAAGAGGAGCUGGAUGCUGUUGGCAUGUUGGUAAAUGUUUUCAGGAUGGGCCUCAAACACCUCUUGUGUCUGGUGGCUUUUGCCGCUGCCUUGACAGGUUGUGACAGUUCUGGACAGGCCGUGAACAGCAAUGUGUACAGGUGGCCCAAGCAGAACCCCCCACUGCUACUGGACACUCGCACGCAGCUUCUCAGCACAGCUUCAUUCAGGGAGAAGGUGGAGAAUGAGGAAACUCAGUCAGUCUGUGGGAUCGAGUGCCAAAGCAGGCUGCUGCCCAUGGACCAAACCGAGCAGGAGAGGAUGCUGGGAUAUGAGACCGUGUACGAGAACGGCACACGCACGCACACGGAUGUCACUUUACAGGGGUUUAGUGAGAACUCGACAGGUUUGCCUCCAGCGAAAACCCGCUGGAAACGGCAGGUUUACGGUGCAGAUGGACGCUUCGUGAUCUCUGACUCCCACUAUGUCACCAAGUACCCGUUCUCCUCCGCCGUGCGUCUGUCCACAAACUGCACCGGGGUCCUCGUAUCCUCGAGGCAUGUGCUGACAGCAGCGCACUGCAUUCAUGACGGGCGCGACUUCCUGGAGAGUUUCACGGGGCUUAAAGUUGGAUUUCUGAAACCCAAAAAGAAAGGAAGAGGAAGGAGAAGAGGAAGAGGAGGCAGCAGGAGGAGUGGGAGACGACGAGAGGGAGAGACUGGGGAGCAGAAAGGAGCAGAGCAGCUGUUAGAAGCAGGUCUGGAGCAGAAUAGCUUAGACGGGGGUUCAGUGAGGAGGAGAGGUGGAGGCAAAGGAAGGAGACACAGGGGGAAAAGAGUGAAAGCUCACGUCAGCCCUGAGUUUGACACAAGUCUCAGCCGCGGCCGACGCAGCGCCGAGCCCAGACAGCGGCCUGUCCUCCGCUGGGCACAGGUCCAACAGGCCCGAAUCCCUCAAGGAUGGCUCCACAAUGGCCGCACCAGCAACCCGGUUUCCCCCGACUACGACUACGCCCUCCUGGAGCUCAAGCGGCCGAUCAGGCAGCGGCACAUGAAGCUCGGCGUGGCCCCCUCCUCCGCGCCUCUGGCCCGGAUCCACUUCUCAGGCUUCGACGCCGACAAAAGCCUGUCGGACGGCGGCGGGGACGAGAGGGUGAUUUAUCGCUUCUGCUCAGUGGCGAAGGAGUCCGACGACCUCAUGUACCAGCACUGCGACGCCCAGGCCGCGGCCACGGGCGCCGGCGUUUACAUUCGCCUGAGGCAGGAAGUGGGAGACGCGGAGAGGAAGGGGAAGUGGCAGAGGAGGGUGAUCGGGGUGUUCUCGGGUCACCAGUGGGUGGAGAUGGAGGGGGGCGAACUGGCAGACUUUAAUGUGGCAGUGAGGAUCACGCCUGCCAAGUACGCACAGAUCUGCCACUGGCUCCAUGGAGAUCCAGAUCAGUGUAGAGAGCUCUGAAGUGACUCAGCACCAGAGCCUCAGAGAGGAACGUCUGUGUUCACCUUCUGAGAAACUGGUGUGUACAGAACGCGUGAGCUUGUAGGCUUCAAGUACGUCAAUGUUCGUUGUCUAACCUCAACCUUUCACUGGUCCAACUCUGUAAUCGGUCCACAGCUGGUUCAUGAGGCUGCUCUGGGUCAAGAGCGGAAAGUUAGAUUCCGCUGCCUCCUAGAACGAACCAAAGAUAAAAGUAAUCCUUCCAAAUUAAGGUAACUCCUGACAUUGCAAGUACAUAUUUAUAUUCAAAGAAUCAGGGGAUUUAUAUAUUUAGCAUACAGAGAUUUGCAUUGAUGAUAAAUUCAUCUUUUUGUGUAGUAGAACAGAUGUUUGUAUGUUUUUACUGUAUGUUUUAUUUUUUAUGUAUGUAAGUUUGUUGCACUUGCUACAACUUUCUUCGUGACUUUCUAUUCCUGUUUAUUUUAUCAGAUAAAGUCUGAAGCUUAAAAUGUUACAUGAUGAUGGGAAUUAUCAAAACUACAGGAUAGUAAAAUACUCUCAGUUAUUUACUUUGCGACAGAACAUUUUCUAUGUUUGCUUUAUUUAGCAGCUGGUUUGACUGGUGGAAGCUUGUUUGUCCACAUUUCAAAACAUAAUAAACUAGUCGAUAGAUA